UAAGCCCAGACACCACGCCACAACUUUUCGUGUUGUUUGGGUGCCGAUUUGUAUACGUCUGAGUUGAGUUAGGACGAGAUGGAAUUUAGACUAUCCUCUUUCAAGCCAAACGUCACAUUAACUGCCCUUAGCAGUGCUCGAUUGACUGCAACACACAACCAAACCCAGCAGCAUGUCAGAAGAUGGUUUCAUUGUGAGGGCCAGGGGACUCCCCUGGUCAGCCACCGCAGAGGACAUCGUCACAUUCUUCAGUGAGUCGGUGAUUGAGGGAGGUGCUGAUGGCGUCAAGUUUGUUCACCUUCCUGGAGGACGCCCUUCAGGGGAAUGCUUUGUGGUCUUCGAGUCUCACGAUGAUGUCCUCAAGGGCCUCAAGAAAAACAACAAUCAUAUCGGCCACAGAUAUAUUGAAGUUUUCAGAUCCAAGAACAGUGAGAUGGAAUGGGUAACAUCGAGAGGCGGAGACAAGGCCAAAGAAGAGAAUGACGGGUGUGUCCGACUCAGGGGACUCCCCUUUGACUGCAGAACUGAUGACAUCAAUGAUUUCUUCAAGGAAUACCAGAUUGCAGAAGAUGGGAUUACAUUGCCAACAGACUACGAUGGGAGGAGCACAGGGGAAGCAUAUGUGCAGUUCGUCUCAAAGGACAUUGCGGAGGGGGCAUUGUCAAAGCACAAGGCCAAUAUGGGUCACAGGUACAUUGAAGUAUUCCAGUGCAACGCGUCAGAAAUUAAACGCUUCAACAGCAACCCAGGCAGAGCUCGUGGAGUCCCUGGCCGUCCCGGUCCUUACGACCGCUCAGGGCCCAUGGGCGGCGGCAUGGGUCGAAGGGGGAUGAGGAAUUCUGGAUUUGAGCGUAGGUCUGGUGGAUAUGGAGGGAAUGGCUAUGAAGAAGACUUUGGUUACGGCGGUGGGUACGGUGGAGGCGGCGGAUACGGAGGAGGCGGUGGAUACGGAGGUGGAAGAGGAGGUGGAUACGGAGGGCGCGGUGGCGGCAUGUCAGGACCAGGUAGAGGGGGAUGGGGAGGUGGACCUCAGCCGCUUCUGCCAAGAGGAGACUUCAAGAGGGGUUACGGCGGUGGUAUGGGUGGAGGAGGAGGUAUGGGUGGAGGUGGUAUGGGCUACGGCGGUGGAGCUGGAGGGGACUUUGAAUCAAGGACCGGUUUCUCCAUCCACAUGAGAGGACUGCCUUACAAAGCAACGGAAGAAGACAUCCACCAGUUUUUUGGGCAGACAGCCAGCCCUUGCAACGUGGUCAUCCAGAAGGUAAACGGCCGCUCCACGGGAGAAGCCGACGCAGACUUCCAGACCGUUGAGGCCGCCCAGGCAGCCAUGACCAAGCACAAGUCAGAGAUGGGUCCCCGUUACAUCGAGCUGUUCCUCAACACUGACGAGAGCGGCGGCGGAGGUGCCGGUGGUGUUGGCAGUGGAGGAGGAGGAGGAUACGGUGGUGGCAUGGGGAGCUCUGGAGGAUAUUCAGGAGGUAGUAGUACGUUAGAAGGUAGCUACGGAAGCAGCGCCGGUGGAGGUUACAAUAGCAGCCAGAUAGGAGGAACUGGUAUGGGUGGUGGCGGCUACACCAGCUUUGGCAACGGCAACAGCAGCGGUGGUGGUGGUGGAUAUGGUAAGGGCAACUCUGGCAUGGGUGGUGGAGGCUCUGGCGGGAGCGGAUUUUAUGGCUCCGGGGCUAGCACUGGAACUGGCAUGGGUGGCAUGGGCAUGAACAGGGGAGGAAACAGCUUCUAUUAGAGUGUGUCAAAAGGUCAAAGGUCGUCUUUACAAGUGACAACAUCAUGUACAUCAAAGGCCAUCCAUCGUUCCAGUGGCCUGUGUCUCAAUUGUUCACUACCCAAUGUAGAGUCCACCUCCUGCUUCCUAUCGUUCUACUUUUCUUGUUUGUUCUGUUCUUCAAUAUCUGUCUCUCUUUAUCCUUUGUGUUUCUUUCCCUACGCUGAACUUGUUAACUUGAUAACCAGCACUGUAUAUAGAUAUUCAUGAUCGAAUCUCAUUCAUUACAAAUUUCGAACAUCGGAUACAUUUCUAAUCAAAUCCAUAUUUACUCUUAGGUGAGCUUUUUGUAAGUUUAAGUGUGGACCUAGAAAAUUUUGUAUUGAUUAGAAUACUCUUCAAAAUUUCCCACCCACUUCAUGUAUGAAUAAGGUUCAAGAAUGUCUGUCGAGUUCUAAUUUUGAAAGAAAAACAACAAACUUAAUAAUCAAUGAUUUCUUACUGUGAAUCUGGACUAGACUAAUAUUAAAUCUUUGAUGUCAAAUUGUUUGUAAAUGUUUGUUGCACUUGGACCAAGUAAAUAUAUUUUUCUUUUAUUAGUAAUUGUAAAUCAACGUAUUGCUACCUUAAUUAUUGUAAGCCACUUUUAUUUUUUUCAAAACCUUGUGUACACCUACCUAUUUUAAGCCUGACUUUAUUUUGAGUACUUUCUACCAAGAUCUUUUUUAUUUAUUUGAUGUUUAUUGUUCAGUUGCCAUGUUUCGACUUAACAAAUACAGUCUUGAUGUUGUAGAGUAUUGGCAACACAUGUCGCUAAUUACGAAAGUGUUGCUUGUGGGAAUUUUGUUCCGAAUUCGCUUUUCAAUUAUUAAGAUGGAAAGACGUGUUUUGUUAUCACACCCCUAUCAUGUAUAUAUUGCAUUUUGAUCAUGGAUUUGAGGAUCUCUGUUUAUAAAUGGAGUAUUGAUCAGUUUUAUGUUGAAUCAAGAGUCUAACAUGUAUUUGAUUUUACUUCAAACAUUGGAAAGUAAGUGGAAAAUCAUCUGGUGCAGUGUUUGUUUUAGAAAAAAAAGAAAAAUUAAAUUGACUUGCACAUGUA